UUUUCUGUGUUUCAAAGUUGGCGGAUUUUAUUAGCUCUGUACCGACCUGUUGCUUAGGGACAUUAUGUUCUCAUUACAUUUGAGUUAAAACUCAAAGUCAUUUUAGGGUUGAAGAGGAUUCCUCCUACACAUCAAACACACCCACGUGCAUGUCACAGUCUAAAUGGAUCCACAGUGCCACCUAAUAAUGUAGCAGAGAGAGAGGUAGGCUGCCAGUACAACUCUGUUUAUCAGAACGUCAGAGGAGGAGGAGAGCAGUGAGUGAUGAAAGAAGAUAGAGAGCUGAGAUGACAGCUGGCUGAUGGAGGGAGAGAUAGAGGUCUGGAGGUUACGUGUGAGGGAGAAAUGAGAAACGUCAGUGGCUGCAACAAGCUAAACCCAGACAGACAGAACAAGACACAACAGAGUAUGGCAGAAACCCCAGCAGAGCCUCAGAUUGACUGUGAGCUGCAGCCCCCAUCUAAUACCCUUUCUGAGCCUCAGCUCCAGUACCAACUACAUCCUCUCUCUGAGCCCCAGCCACUACCCCAGCCUGAUACCCUUCCCCUGCCCCAGCCUCAGCCGGAUAGCCUUCCUGGGCCCCAGCUCCUACCCCAGCCUUGGCCCCUGCCCCAGCCUCAGCCGGAUAGCCUUCCUGGGCCCCAGCUCCUACCCCAACCUGAUACCCUUCCCCAGCCUUGGCCCCUGCCCCAGCCUCAGCCAGAUAGCCUUCCUGAGCCCCAGCUCCUACCCCAGCCUGAUACCCUCCCUGAGCCCCAGCCACUACCCCAGCCUGAUACCCUUCCCCAACCCCUGCCCCAGCCUCAGCCGGAUAGCCUUCCUGAGCCCCAGCUCCUACCCCAGCCUGAUACCCUCCCUGAGCCCCAGCCACUACCCCAGCCUGAUACCAUUCCCCAGCCCCUGCCCCAGCCUCAGCCGGAUAGCCUUCCUGGGCCCCAGCUCCUACCCCAGCCUGAUACCCUCCCUGAGCCCCAGCCCCCGCCUGAAGAGGAGGUGAAGCCCUGGGUGUGGAAACGUCACUGCGUACUCCUUCUCUUCCUCCUGGCAUCCUCCUUCUGUGCCUCCAUAGUGGGCCUGGCCUACUACUCCCAGCAGCACCUCCCACCAGAGAGCACACCGCCAGCCUCUCCUCCAUGUACCUCCCCGGCUUGUCAGAGGGCUACCGCCCGUCUUUCCAUCUCAGUCGACCCCUUCUCUCAGCCCUGUGACUACUUCCUGUUUCCCUGUGGGUCUGAAGGGGCGUCUCUGUCCAACAGGGGGAGACAGAGGGGCAAGGGCAUGCCCCUACACCCACAGGGCCACAAGAGCAGGGCAGCACAGGCAGAGAAAGAGAGAGAAAGAGGGAGGAAGGAGAGAGAGACAGGCACGGACAUAAUAGAAAAGGCUCCAGCAGACAGAAUGCCAGACAGACAGACUGCACUACUGCUGACAAUGAGGGAGAUUUUGGAAGCUGAGGACCGCUCCAGCCCAGGUAACUCAGCUAGGAAGAAGGCCUGUAUGUUCUACCGUUCCUGUAUGGACACUGGCCCCACAGAGUCCGCCGGGCCAGAACCUUUCCUCAGGCUAGUCCACAAGCUGGGUGGCUGGGCUGUAUCAGGCCGGUGGAACCAGACAGAUUUCAACUCCACUCUGUCUCUACUGAUGAGAGACUAUGGCACCUUCCCAUUCUUUAGUGUUUAUGUGGGCAAGGAUCCUAAUGACACUCAAGGAGACAAGCGAUACAUACAGAUUGAUCAGCCGGAUUUUCAGAUACCUACUGAAUGGAGCAGCAAGACUCAGAAGUCCAAAGCUAACACCCAGAUCCUGCGUCUGUUCCUGGCCUCGUAUCAGAGGUUGCUGGCCCUGUUGGGCUCUCCCUCCAGCAGCACCAUUCUCCAUAUAGGCCUGUUCAUCUCUCUGUCCUCUGAACUGGCUGUAGCUGCCUCUCCUCUGCCGCAUCGCCUGCAACAGGGGCUGCUGUACCAGCGCAUCACCAUCAAAGAGCUACAGACCCUGGCCCCUGCCAUUGAUUGGCUGGGCUGUCUACAGACCACCUUCCAUCCCCACCCUGUUAGCCAAUCGGAUCACGUCCUCCUGCACAACCUCCCUUACAUAGUCCACAUGUCCCGCAUCAUCGGCAAAUGGCUGAACAAGCAUGAAUUGAGUGGCAGUGGCCCUCUUCACACCUUCAUGGUCCUCAGUCUCCUCCACACUGUCAUACCCGCGCUGGACUCCAGGUUCACUCAGACAGAGAGGAAUUUCUCCUUAGCUCUGGGGACUACAGAGGAGGAUGUCCCUCGCUGGAGGCAGUGUGUUCUGCAGACUGAGAAAGGGUUUGACACGGUACUAAAACACAUACUGAGAGAGACCACCGCAUACACAGAGGCAGAGGAGCUGAUUCAGAAUGUCUAUUCCUCCAUCAAGUCCAAACUACCUGAUCUCAGGUGGAGAGAUGAGGAGUCUCGCCUGUCUGUUUUGAAUAAGAUUCAGUCUCUAACUCCAAGACUUUCAACUAAAAACAACAUUUUCAGUGAAGCUGAACUCAACCAACUGUAUUCAAAGGUGACAAUUGACGAACACAUGUAUUUCUCCAACUACAUCCAGUCUCUCUCCCUCCAGCGCCAGAGACCAAGCAAACUCUUUUCCCAGGCUGAAGGAGAUGAUAUUUGGUCCCUCACUCCAUUUAUCUCCGGCAAUGAGCUAGUCUUUCCCAUAGGGAUGUUUGUCCAGCCUCUCUUCCACCCUACCUAUCCCAGGGCCAUCAACUUUGGGGUUUUGGGAUCUUUGAUGGCCAAAGAUAUUCUCCAUCUCCUUCUUCCCAACAGUAAGGCAAAUAGUCUCAAUGAAUUACUCUAUGAUUGUAAUGCAGUUAAUGAAAUUAUGUGCAGAGUUUGCAUUUUGCACAUGUUUAUUUGUGUGUAUGCAUGUGUGUGUAGGUUUAUACAUGAUCCAUGUGUGUGUAGGUUUAUACAUGAUCCAUGUGUGUGUAGGUUUAUACAUGAUCCAUGUGUGUGUAGGUUUAUACAUGAUCCAUGUGUGUGCCCUGACUGUUCACCCUGUGCUUUAGUCCAUUCUCAGAGUGUGUCUCCCAGGUCCAUAGCAGAGUGUGUGCGGUACCAGUACCUGAGUAUGACAGAGGGACCAGGGAGAGAGGGGGCGUUCUCGCUGUCACCAGCACAGCAGCAGGAGAUGUGGGUGCAGUACUCUGCUCUGCAGAUCGCACUACAGGCUUACAAUCAGAGUUUGAAGAAGUAUCCUGGCGACUCCUCUCUCUCAGGCCUCUCUCACACUCAUCUGUUCCUUACUUCAUUCACUCAGAUCAACUGCGACUCUGACCCGUACCACGAGUUCAUGCCCUUUGAACCUUCCUUUCUGGUUACUGUCAUCUGUGGGUACUCUAACCUCUGCCCUACGACCCUCUCCUGCCCCAACAAACCCCAGCAGCACCUCUUAGGGACAUGCUGACCUACAGAUCUACAGCAACAUCUCCUACCAAACAAAAAAUGCAGAGCCAUUGAUGAACACACAAGACUGUCAUUUAAACAGAUCAGUGUGCCCCCCCCCCCCCCCCCCCCCCCCCCCCCCCCGCGGGACGGUUGAGCUAAUGUAGGCUAAUAUGAUUAGCAUGAGGUUGUAAGUAACAACAACAACAAAAAAUCUCAGGACAUAAACAUAUCUGAUAUGGGCAGAAGGUUUAAAUUCUUGUUAAUCUAACUGUCCUGUCCAAUUUACAGUAGCUAGUGAAAUAAUACCUUACUAUUGUUUGAGAAGAGUGCACAAUUAUGAACUUGAAAAUGUAUUAAUAAACCAAUUAGGCACAUUUGGACAGUCGUGAAACAACAUUUUGAACAGAUAUACAAUGGUUCAUUGGAUCAGUCUAACACUUUGCACAUACACUGCUGCCAUCUAGUGGCCAAAAUUUAAAUUGCGUCUGGGCUGGAAUAAUACAUUAUGGCCUUUCUCUUGCAUUUCAAAGAUGAUGGUACAAAAAAAAAUCAUGUUUUUUUUCUUUGUAUUAUCUUUUACCAGAUCUAAUGUGUUAUAUUCUCCUACAUUAAUUGAACAUUUCCACAAACUUCGAAGUGUUUCCUUUCAAAUGGUAUGAUGAAUAUGCAUAUCCUUGCUUCAGGUCCUGAGCUACAGGCAGUUAGAUUUGGGUAUGUCAUUUUAGGCAAACAUUUUUAAAAAAAAGGGUCAGAUCUUUAAGAAGGCAAUAGAACAGAACACUAAAUCCAAAUGCAACUGACAGGAUAGUUGAUUAUUCAUUAGGCACAUCCAUCCAGUCUCUUGUGACAUCCUGUGCAUUUGUUUCUGGGUUCUGAGAUAAAACUAUGCACAUUGUCUGUGUUUUAUUUUAAACUGCAGUAUGUAACAAGCACCUUGUUAUCCAUAAGGAUACUAUUAGUUAUGUUUGGAGGUUCUGGUCUGCUUACCUUUGUUAAAUGUAGGGGAGAGUGUGUCUGCCAGUUUAGAUGGUGCCAAAGACACAAACAGUGUUGAAAAAGUGUGUAUGAAGUGUGUGGAUGUAAAUGAAUAGGGAAAGGGGGAUAUCUAGUCAGUUUUACAACUGAAUGCAUUCAACUGAAAUGUGUCUUGCGCAUUUAACCCAAUCCCUCUGAAUCAGAGGUGCGGUCAUAGAUAUAGGGCUGAUAAUUCUACAAAAUAAAGUUGAUUUUUUAAUGUGA